AUGGAUAAAAUUAAAAGAUUCACAAAAGACUUGAGAUAUAUUAAUUCUGAAUACUUCCAACAAUUUGAAUGGAAUAUUAAAUUAAAAACAGAAUGUCAAAAAUGUUCAGAUUUUGUUUUACUUAUAAAAUUUGGGCUUGAAAAAAACAAUUUUGAUUUAAGUGAAGUAAAAGAGAAAUGUAAAUUUGUAAUUGAAUAUUCAGAAAAGGAUUUAGUAAAGGAUUUAAAAUUAAAUAAAUAUUCAGAAGAAACCAAACAAAUUGAGGAAAUAUUUAAAUUAUUAAAAUUAGUUAAAUCACUUUUGAAUGAAAAGAAAACAAAUUUAAAUAAAUCGUUUGAAAAUUUAAAUAAAGCAAUUAAUUUAAUUGAUAAUACAAAUCCAAUGAAUGCUUAUUUUAAUGAAUUAAAGGAAAUUGAGGAAAAUGCAAAGUUUAGGGCUGCACGUAUUUUACAAUUUUGGAAAGAACCUAGAAAAGUAAUUUUUGAUGAAAAAGAAAUUAAACGACAAGGCGAGAUUAUUAAAGAAAUGGAGAAAUUAAUUGAAAAUGAAGAAAAUAUUAAAGAAUUUGAUGAACGAUUGAAAAAUAAAUUUGAUUUUUUGGUGAAGAAUUGGGAAAAAUUAUUAGACACUAAAGUAAAAAUUGAAGAAGAAAAAAAUAUUUUUUAUAAACAAAUAGUGCCUGAAAGUGAAGAAAUUAAAAAUAAAUUUGAAAAUUCUGGUGAUCUAUUUGUUGGAUAUUGUUUAACUAAAAGAAUUGAAAAUUCAUUCAAUAAAGAUGGAACUGUGAAAUCUUCUCAAUUUUUGAGUGAUGGGGUUGGACAGGAAUAUGGAUGGGAAUUGAAAGAAGUUUUGGGGCAAAAACGCAUUAAUAUUGGACAUUACGAGAAAAUACAAAAACAAAUUAAUGAAAAAUUAAAAAAUGUGUGUAUGAAUGUGGAGGAAGUAUAUUUGAAAAAUGCUUGUGAAUUAUUUUUGGAACAUGAAUUACAAUAUUGGCAUUCUUUUUGUUCUAUUGAUACAGAACAUUUACGUUUGGAACAUUUUGAGGAAAUGAAUGUUGUUACUAAUGGUUAUCAAAACAAAAAAGAAGAAGAAAAAGAGGAGGAAGCAACUUUUGAUGAAGUUGGAGAUGAUAGUAGAUUCGAUGGAGAAACUGAAGAUGCUAUUGAGGAAGCAACUUUUGAUAAAUAUGGAGGAGGAGAAAUUGAAUUAUCUAAAUAUUGAGAAGAGAAAAAAGAGUAUAAAAAAGAAUGUAUGUACAUAUUAU